GGCAAACGUCAGCACUCAGCCGCACAUGGCUGGUUGGGCAGCAACCAACCCCUCAGGGAUUUCGUAGAUCUCGUAGAUCUGUGCGAGGAUCGGAUCACUCGGGUCCUUCACCUUCCCCUCAAAAAAGAUCCUUACCAAAGACUACUAUCGACCAUGUCCAACCCCCAUGACUACACCGUCGGCUGGAUCUGCGCUAUUGCAACUGAGUAUGUUGCUGCCCAAGCCUUUCUCGAUGAAAAGCAUGAAGGGCCUGUAUCCGUGUCUACAAACGAUAACAACAACUAUACUCUGGGCAAGAUCGGGAGGCACAAUGUCGUCAUUGCCGUCCUUCCCCACGGCGAGUACGGCAUAUCGUCCGCCGCUAGUGUCGCAAGAGACAUGCUCCACAGUUUCCCCAACGUCAGAAUUGGCUUGAUGGUCGGCAUUGGCGGCGGUGCGCCGAGUCGCAAGCAUGAUAUUCGUCUUGGGGAUGUCGUGGUGAGCGCUUCGGGCAAUGGGAAGGGCGGCGUGUUCCAGUAUGACUUCGGAAAGGCCCUACAAGACCAGGAUUUCCAAGAGACAGGGUUCUUGAAUCAGCCGCCGCCGAUUCUGCGAGCCGCUGUGAGCGGACUCAUGGCGCAAUACGAGGGUGAAGGACAUCAGUUUGAAGAAUCUAUUAACGGUAUUUUUGAAAAGAAACCGAGACUACGGAAGAAAUACAGACGGCCUGAACUAAGCGCUGAUCGACUGUAUCAGUCUGGUGUGCUUCACUCGCCAAAUGACGAAUCUAGCUGUGCGACAGCUUGUGGCAAUGAUCCAUCCACUCUAGUAGUGCGGCCCGAGCGGGCGGAGGACGAAGACAAUCCAUCGAUCCACUAUGGCCUCAUCGCUUCAGCGAAUACGCUAAUGAAGGACGCUUUGAUUCGAGAUGCGUUUGCGAAGAAGCAUGACGUUCUCUGCUUCGAAAUGGAAGCCGCCGGUUUGAUGAACCACUUUCCCUGUCUGGUUAUUCGUGGCAUCUGCGACUAUUCCGAUACGCACAAGAACAAAGAGUGGCAAGGCUAUGCAGCGAUGACAGCUGCGGCUUAUGCAAAAGACUUGCUAUACAAGAUCGCACCAAGCAGAGUAGGGAAUGAGAAGAGGCUCAGUGAGCUUGUUCAGAUUGUCAAUCAAAAGAUGGAAGAUGUCCAUCAAUUAGCAUCCGAGACCAGGGAUACAACUAAGCUUAUGCAAGACGAUCGUCAUCUCAACAAGAUUAGAAACUGGCUAGCACCGCCUGACCCAUCCACGAAUCUAAAUCAAGCCCGGAGCCUGCACUAUCAAGGCACUGGCCAGUGGUUCCUGAAUAGUAAUGCAUAUUCAGGAUGGAAAAAAGAGAAAAACUCUUUUCUAUGGCUCAAUGGUAUUCCCGGGUGCGGCAAGACCGUCCUCAGUUCUACCAUCAUUGUGGAUCUUGACUCUACCAACUCUGAUCCCAGAGUUCUAUACUUCUUCUUCAAUUUCAAUGAUGUUGAGAAAAGAUCGCUGGAGAAAGCCAUCCGUUCGCUUAUUUUUCAGCUAUUCUCUAAGCAUAUCAUUCUUCGCAGCGAAGUCGAUGCAGUCUAUUGUAGCUUUGGAGAUGGAACGAGACAGCCAGAUGCCGCAUCGCUAGAUAAGCUCUUGCGACGCAUGCUGACUAAAGCUGGGGAGAUUUAUAUUGUCCUUGAUGCACUGGAUGAAUCCGAGAGACACAGCGCCUCAUACUCAUCAAAAUCAUUGCUGGAUUGGAUUAAGGGUGUUCAAGAUGAAUCAACCAACAUACACAUCCUUGUCACCAGUCGGCCCGAGCAGGAUAUCAUGGCUUCUUUCAACGGCUGGGCCCAUACUAAUAAAAUUAUCCAACUCCAAAGUGGGUUAGUGAGUGACGAUAUUACUGCGUAUACGAAGGCCAGGGUUAGCGAAAUGGCGAGGUGGAAGAAACGGCCGGAGAUCCAAGCAGAGAUUGAAACUACCCUCCUACAAAAGGCAGAUGGAAUGUUCCGUUGGGUUUCAUGCCAAUUUGACACAUUGGAGCAAUGUCUAGACCCGCCUUCCGUGCGAAGAGAACUACAAAACCUGCCUGAGACGCUGGAUGCGACAUAUGCACAAAUUUUGCGACGGAUACAUCCGCAUCGACUAAGCACGGCGAAGCGCCUUCUGCAAUUUCUGACGUACAGCGAACGGCCUCUGAAGCUUGAGGAAGCUGUUGAUCUUAUCGCUGUUAAUCCAUCAAGUCAGCCCGCAUUUAGUCCAGAAAAUCGAAUGCCAAUUCACGAGGAAAUUAUCCAAUACUGCUCCAGUUUAGUGGUUCUUGCACAUAAAAGUGUGGAAUCUUACGAACUUGAUACUGACGCAAUGGGAAGUGUGCAAUCUUACCAACCUACAGUGGAACAAGUAACCGAAAUACAACUUGCUCACUUUUCAGUGAAGGAAUAUCUCUUAUCAGAUAGACUGGAGCCAGAUUUGGCUGAAGGACUCAACGAAAUAUCUGCAAAGGCUAAUAUUGUGGACAUUUGUCUGUCAUAUCUGCUUACUAUAUAUCAGUUAUGCUCGCCAGAAGAAGCAAGACAACAAUAUUAUUUGGCAGAGUUCUCUGCGGGAUUUUGGAUGAAGCAUGCGAAAGACGUCGAGUCAUCUUAUAAAGCAAUUAUACCGUCGGUUAAGGAGUAUUUUUUAUGCCAAAAUGCCUUCCGAUUUGGGUGUCAGCUCGGCGAUCCGUAUGGGCCCAAAGGGGACGGAUUUCAAGCGCUUUACCAUGCAUCCCUUUGGGGUUUACUUUAUUCUUCUAUUUUUCUUCUUCAGAACGGCUCUGAUAUUAGCGCCCAAAGUGGAGAGUAUUGCAAUGCUCUUCACGCUGCUUUAGCAAGAGGGCAUCUAAAGAACGCUGAGUUGCUUAUUCAGAAGGGUGCUGAUAUCAAUGCCCAAGGUGGAGAGUAUGGAAAUGCUCUUCACGCUGCUUUAGUAUAUGGGUAUCUAGAGAUCGCUGAGUUGCUUAUUCAGAAGGGCGCUGAUAUCAAUGCCCGAGGUGGAGAGUAUGGCAAUGCUCUUCAGACUGCUUUAGCAUAUGGGCAUCUAAAGAUCUCUGAGUUGCUUAUUGAGAAUGGCGCUGAUAUCAACGCCCAAGGUGGAUGGUAUGGCAAUGCUCUUCAGGCUGCUUCAGAAAGAGGGAAUCUAAAGAUCGCUGAGUUGCUUAUUCAGAACGGCGCUGAUGUCAAUGCCCAAGGUGGAUAUUAUGGCAAUGCUCUUCACGCUGCUUCAGAAAGAGGGCAUCUAGAGAUCGCUCAGUUACUGAUUCUGAACGGCGCUGAUAUUAAUGCCCAAGGUGGCACAUUUUAUAGCGAUGCUCUUCAGGCUGCUUCAGAAAGAGGGAAUCUAAAGAUCGCUGAGUUGCUUAUUCAGAACGGCGCUGAUAUCAAUGCCCGGGGUGGACAUUAUGGCAAUGCUCUUCAGGCUGCUUCAAAAAGAGGUCAUCUAGAGAUCGCUGAGUUACUUAUUCAGAACGGCGCUGAUAUCAAUGCCCGAGGUAGCAGACUUUAUUGCAAUGCUCUUCAGGCUUCUUCAGCAUAUGGGCAUCUAGAGAUUGCUGAGUUGCUUAUUCAGAAGGGCGCUGAUAUCAAUGCUCAAGGUGGAGAGCAUGGCAAUGCUCUUCAGGCUGCCUCAGAAAGUGGGCAUCUAAGGAUCGCCAAGUUGCUUCUUCAGAAGGGAGCUGAUAUCAAUGCCCAGGGUGGACUUUAUGGCAAUGCCCUUCUGGCUGCUUCACAAAGAGGGAAUCUAAAGAUCGCUGAGUUGCUUAUUCAGAACGGCGCUGAUGUCAAUGCCCAAGGUGGAUAUUAUGGCAAUGCUCUUCUGGCUGCUUUAGCAAGAGGGCAUUUAAACAUCGCUCAGUUACUGAUUCGGAAGGGUGCUGAUGUCAAUACCCAAGGUGGAGAGUAUGGCAAUGCUCUUCAAACUGCUUCAGCGGGAGGGGAGGGCGCUGAUAUCAAUGCCCAAUGUGGAGAGUAUGGCAAUGCUCUUCAGGCUGCCUUGGAAAGAGGGUAUCUAGGGAUCGCUGAGUUGCUUAUUCAGAACGGCGCUGAUAUUAAUGCCCAAGGUGGAAAGUAUGGCAAUGCUCUUCAGGCUGCUUUGGCAAGAGGGCAUCUAAAGAUCACUGAGUUGCUUAUUCAAAAGGGCGCCGAUAUCAAUGCCCGAGGUGGAGAGCAUGACAAUACUCUUCAGGCUGCUUCAGCGGCAGGGAAUAUAGAGAUCUGUUGCGCUAAGUUGCUUAUUCAGAGGGGAGCUGAUGUCAAUACCCAAAGUGGAAAGUAUGGAAAUGCUCUUCAGGCUGCUUCAGCAUAUGGGUAUCUAGAGAUUGCUGAGUUGCUUAUUCAGAAGGGAGCUGAUAUCAAUGCCCAAGGUGGAGAGUUUGGCAAUGCUCUUCAGACUGCUUUAGCAUAUGGGCAUCUAAAGAUCUCUGAGUUGCUUAUUGAGAAUGGCGCUGAUAUCAACGCCCAAGGUGGAAAGUAUGGCAAUGCUCUUCAGGCUGCUUUGGCAAGAGGGCAUCUAAAGAACGCUGAGUUGCUUAUUCAGAAGGGAGCUGAUAUCAAUGCCCAGGGUGGAAAGUAUGGAAAUGCUCUUCACGCUGCUUCAGCAUAUGGGUAUCUAGAGAUUGCUGAGUUGCUUAUUCAGAAGGGAGCUGAUAUCAAUGCCCAAGGUGGAGAGUUUGGCACUGCUCUUCAGGCUGCUUCAGUAUAUAAGCAUCUAGAGAUGGCUGAGAUGCUUAUUCAAAAGGGCGCUGAUAUCAAUGCCCAAGGUGGCGUAUUUUAUAGCAAUGCCCUUCAGGCUACUUCAGAAAGAGGGUAUCUAGAGAUCGCUGAGAUGCUCAUUCAGAACGGCGCUGAUAUCAAUGCCCGAGGUGGCAGACUUUAUUGCAAUGCUCUUCAGGCUGCUUUAGCAAGAGGGCAUUUAAAGAUCGCUGAGUUGCUUAUUCAGAACGGCGCUGAUAUCAAUGCCCAAGAUCGAAAGUAUGGCAAUGCUCUUCAGGCUGCUUCAGAACGAGGUCAUCUAGAGAUUGCUGAGAUGCUUAUUCAGAAGGGUGCUGAUGUUAAUGCCCAAGGUGGAUUUUUUGGCAAUGCUCUUCAGGCUGCUUCACAAAGAGGGCAUCUAAAGAUCGCUGAGUUGCUUAUUAAGAAGGGAGCUGAUAUCAAUACCCGAGGUGGAGAGUAUGGCAAUGCUCUUCAGGCUACUUUACAAAGAGGGCAUCUAAAGAUCGCUGAGAUGCUUAUUCAGAAGUUCGCUCAUGUUAAUGCUCAGGGUGGGCAUUAUUGCAAUGGUUUUCAGACUGCUUUAGCGGGAGUGCACCCAGAUAUCGCUCAGAUGCUUAUUCAGAAUGGCGCCGAGCGAACGAACAGGCUAUCAGGUCAA